AUGGCCCUCAGCCCACUGUCCCGCUGGCCCCUGGCUCCCGUGCUGCUGGCCUUGCUCCUGGGUGGCCCGACGCUGGCCUCAGAGAUUGUGGGUGGCCGGCCAGCCCGGCCCCACGCUUGGCCCUUCAUGGUGUCCCUGCAGCGGCGCGGGGGUCACUUCUGCGGCGCCACCCUCAUCGCCAGGAACUUCGUCAUGUCAGCGGCGCACUGUGUGAGCGGCCUGAACUUCCGGUCGGUGCAGGUGGUCCUGGGAGCCCACGACCUGCGGCGCCGGGAGCCCACCCGGCAGACCUUCUCCGUGCAGCGGAUCUUCGAGAACGGCUUCGACCCCACGCGGCUGCUCAACGACAUCGUGGUGAUCCAGCUCAAUGGCUCUGCUACCAUUAACGCCAACGUGCAGGUGGCCCGGCUGCCCGCCCAGGGCCGUGGCGUGAAGGACCGAACGCCAUGCUUGGCCAUGGGCUGGGGCAGGUUGGGCACAAACCGACCCUUGCCCAGCGUGCUCCAAGAGCUCAACGUGACGGUGGUGACCAACCUGUGCCGCCGCCGGGUGAACGUCUGUACUUUGGUGCCGCGCCGGCAGGCAGGCAUCUGCUUCGGCGACUCUGGCGGACCCUUGGUUUGCAACGGGCUUGUCCAAGGCAUUGACUCCUUCAUCCGAGGAGGCUGUGGAUCUGGAAUUUACCCAGACGCCUUUGCGCCUGUGGCUGAGUUUGCAGACUGGAUCAAUUCCAUCAUCCGUAGACAUGAAGGCCGCCCCCAUACUCACCCCAGAGACCCCGGGAGCAGGCCUGACUAG